AUGCAGGUGCUAGUCACCUUGAGGUUCUUGGCCAGAUGUAGUUUCCUACAGGUUGUGGGAGAUACGGUUGGUCUUGAUAAGAGUACAGUUUCGAGGACUGUUGAUAGAGUGUGUGAUGCUCUUGUUCGAAAGUGGCAUCAGUUUAUCAAGUGGCCAAGCGUACAAGAGAAAGACAAGAUAAAGAAGGUUGUUUUUGAGAUUGGAGGUUUCCCUAAUUUCAUCGGUUGCAUUGAUGGUACCCAUGUCCGGAUUCAGGCACCCACCCAAGAUAAGCUUGCUUAUGUCAACCGUAAGGGCUGGCACAGCAUAAACGUGCAGGCUGUUUGUGACGAUAAAGGAAAUAUAAUCAACUUGUGUGCCAGCUGGCCAGGCUCCACCCAUGACAGUCAUAUAUUUAGGACAUCAAAUCUGAGACAACACUUAUUAGAAGCCAACCACACCAGAAUUUCAGAUGGGUUUGUCCUUGGAGAUAGUGGAUAUGCAUGCCGACCCUACUUACUCACUCCCUACCUUCACCCACAAGGGAACCCUCAACAGCGGUAUAAUGACAGACUGUGGAGGACCAGAGUCACCAUAGAGAGGACCUUUGGCCGAUUAAAACGAAGGUUUCAUGUUCUGCAUUCUGAGAUCCGUAUGAACCCGGGAAAAGUGUGCAAAAUUAUAUUGACCUGCGCAAUAUUGCACAACAUAGCUAUCCUUCGGAAUGAGACUCUGGUUCUCUCUCUCUCCUGCUAA